AUGCCGACCGUCAAAUCCCUCGGCGCAGCCCUCAAUACCUUCUCUGUCAACAAAACCUCCAACCAACCCACAGUCUCAGACCCAGCCCACAUGGAUACCGAGCUCUUCAAGGAAGUCGACAGCUCCGGCCCUACACUUGCCUUCACCCCCUUCACAACCAACGUCACCGUCAAGCACAGCAGCGCCUUCAAUUCCGAGCGCGACAGCGGCAUGAGCAAAUUCCAACAGAUCCAGUUCGUCGAGGCGCUGAAGAAGAUGAUCAUUGGUUUCUUUUCUACUUCCCGUCGUGCUAUGUGUGUGUGCUAA